CGGCGCCUCCCGGGGGAGGGGUCGGGGGAGGGGCAGCCCGCGCGGGUCCCGGGUGCAGGUCCCGGGCUUAGACCGGCCCGAUCAGGUCCGGGGUCAGGCGGCGACGCUGCCCCCGGGCCCGGCCAUGGUGCAGGCCUGGUACAUGGACAAGUCGGCCGACGACCCGCGGCGGCCCCACCGCGGGGAGCCCGCGCGCCCGGUCGACCUGGAGCAGCUGCGCGGGCUCGGGGUCCUUUACUGGAAGCUGGAUGCUGACAAAUAUGAGAAUGAUCCAGAAUUAGAAAAGAUCCGAAAAGAGAGAAACUACUCCUGGAUGGACAUAAUAACCAUAUGCAAAGACAAACUACCAAAUUACGAAGAAAAGAUUAAGACGUUUUAUGAGGAGCAUUUACACCUGGAUGAUGAGAUUCGCUACAUCCUGGACGGCAGUGGGUACUUCGAUGUAAGGGAUAAAGAGGACAGGUGGAUCCGGAUCUUCAUGGAGAAAGGAGACAUGAUCACUCUCCCCGCUGGGAUAUACCACCGCUUCACGCUGGACGAGAAGAACUAUGUGAAGGCCAUGCGGCUGUUUGUGGGAGACCCAGUGUGGACGGCGUACAACCGGCCGGCUGACCACUUCGAGGCCCGCGGGCAGUACCUAGAGUUUCUGGCGCAGACGGCCUAGCGGUGCCCUGGGGCCCGGCGCACCCUGGCCCCUCUUGUGAAGGUCCCAGGCCUGAUGCAGCAGAAAAGCAGUCGUAUUCUCUUUGCUUUUGUGUUGUAGACUUGAGGCUAGGUGAGCUUUCCUCUGCAAGACUGUUGGAUCAGAAUACGUUUUAAUGGGAGCAGCUGUAGAACCAGUUUGUACGUGGAAGCACCUGUGGAGAUCUGGGCAAAUCCGCUCAUUUUCUCUGAUUCAGGAUCAGUGGUCAGUGGCCCUGUGGCAGCUCAUGCCUUCAGCUGUGACCCAGUGAGUUUCAGCGCCCCAAACGCAGCUACUUAGCUGCCCCAUCUGGACCCGGUUCUUGGACUUUAAGCAGAUACCAGGUGAGGCCAUGCCUGCCCUGUGCGAAGGAGUGACAGUGGAUGACAGGAGUGAGCAGAGAGAAGACGCUUUUCUCCCAAAACACAGGGGAGGCUGGGUAGGGGGUGCCUUGGGGGAUGAGCUGGCGUGUUAGGGGGACCCUCGCUUGAUUAGGCCACGUUUUUGUUAAAGUAGCUGCCUUAAUGUUAUGCUUGUGUCUUGGAGUUACCUUAUAUUCUGGUACAUAUGGUUCCUUAAAAUCAUCCCGGUUAGAUCCUUUGUGGGAUUGUAUGUAUGUAUAAUUAAUUUUUAUUUGGGUUAUUACUCGUUCCAGGUGAGAUUUCUAGGUUAAACUCCCUACAGUAAAUCUCUUUUACAAUCAAGCCUUUGAAUUUUAACAGAAAAAUUUGUACCUUUUUUUUAGUUAACAAUUCUGAGAUACAAUUAUACCUAAUUCGUUAUAAUCGUAGAAAAACCCUAAAUUAACCUCAUAUUUGAAGGGCAGUUUGCUUUAAGUAUUUCUUUUAAACUGGAUUAAAAAUCUUUAUGUUAAAAGUGAUCUGUCGGGACUUCCCUGGUGGUCCAGUGGUUAAGACUCUGCACUCCCAAUGCAGGGGACACGGGUUCGAUCCCUGGUCUGGUCUAAGAUCGAACUGGGAACUAAGAUCCCACAUGCUGCGCAGUGCGGCCAAAUUUAAAAAAAAGCGAUCUGUCAUCACUUCCACAUGGUUCUUGGGGGCGUGUGUUCACGGCACAGUGGAAAUUCUGAAUUUUAGGAUUAACGUGUGCGCUGGCAGCACGCUGAUAACACCACCAGCCCUCCCAGGGCCUCGCGUGCUGCUGUCCUCGUUCUUCCCUUGAUGGGGCUCCAGGGACGCCCUGGAUCAAGGGCAGCUCCUUCUGCAGGCCUGGCACAGCGCUAGAGAGCACGGUCCUUCGUGCGUUCACAGUCGUCAGGACGCUACGUCGGGGUCUCCCAGGAGCACACGGCUGUGAGCUGACCUGUCCGUCUGGAGCCAGGUGCACCCGCUUGUUGAGUAAGACACGACUCCACGUGUGCUAUUUUACAAACGUGUCCUCUCUUGAAAGGCAUGUAGCACUUACUGGAGGGCGGCGUACGGCUGGGAUGUGAUGAGCCAGAACGUGAAUUAAUUGCCCUUGGGUGUAGCUUCACACUGGUUCACGUGUCGGCACUUUAAAACAAUGCUCGCUUUCCCCUUGUUCCUACUUGAGGGCGUCUGCUGUGCACCCCGACCGUGUGAGGAGACAGCCCGGUUUGGGCCCGUGCUGUGGUUUCCGUCCAGAGGCAGGCGUGGCCGAGCCAGGAAACGGCCAACCUUGUCCUGCCUUGAUCCAGAUUAAACAUGUAGCAAACUGACGUUUUAGCCGCUCGGUACUUUCCUUGCUUGAAAUCCAGCCUUUAAGGCUCCUGCCUUCCUAGGGUGUUCCGCUCUGUGUGCUUCGUCCGUGUGUCCUGAGUGGGCGCGGCCCUGUCGUCUCUGACGUUUAUCCAGAAGGAAGGGUGGUGGGCGAGCAGGGCAGCCCCCGCCCCUGCUGCAGAUAGCCUCCCGGCCUGGUGCUGCACUGACUGUCGCUAAUUAGAAGCAGGUAGAGCGCUGCGGGCGUUCAGCUGUUUCUGCCCUUCAGAUAAGAGUUCUCAUCUACUCGCUCUGUCCACACCCACAGAGAAGUUGUAAGUAUAUUACAGCGAAUUUCCCUGUAUUUACUUUCAUCUGUGUUCACUCACGUACCAAUGAUAUUACUGUAUACGUUUUGAAAUGUAAGCUAUUUAUAAUCUAUUGAGAGAAGAAAUGCAGUCUCCUUUCGGUAACAAUAUACAUACAGUACGCACAGAGAAAUCUUCUCAGUAGCUUUCUCUGGAUAGUAAAAUUAUAGAUUGCUGGUUACGUGUUUAGUUUUGUCCAUAUAUAGUUGAUAAUUUGGCUACAAAGAGCACAGUAAGCUACUCGUCUGAACUCUCAUUAAGACGCCUAAGUCGGUCCCUAACAGAAGGGAGUGCGGUGGUCUCGUCAGGACUGGAACCGGGGUGAAGCAGGAAGGGCUGCGGGGGGCUUGGGGCGCAGCCAUCCCACGUCUCUCUCGGUUUGCUUUCUGGGUCCCUGUUUCUCGUGUCUUGUCCCCGGGCCCCAUGUCCUAAGUUUUGGUUGAGAAAACACGGCUGCUAGAUUGAAUUCUUGCACCAAAGCAGCGCUUUAAAAUAUGGAAGUGUCGGAUGCCGAUCUUGCCAGAACGAGGCAGUCGCAUGUGCGAAGCCCGGGUGCAGCCUCCUGUCUGUCUAGUGUGGCUUCCCUGCCACUCGGCCGACGCCCUUACGGGGGCUGCUCACCGGCCGCCUCUCACCCCCCACCCUCCGGUUCCCACCCGGCUCAGGAAAACCAGACGUUCACACCCGGAAGCUGGUGGCAGUCCUUAGUGAACUGCGAGGAAGCGUUCGUUUGGACCAAAUUGUUGGUAAGCCCCAGACGGCUUUUCAGUUUCCUUGGGAGGAGUCAUCCUGAGUGGAGGUGGAGUCAGUCUCUUUAAGGAGGUACUGAUGGGGUGACUGGUAGGAACGCGAGCGGGGGAGCGGGGGCGGUGCCCAGCCGCAGCAGGUGGUGGUGCGGGCUGAUUGGCCGGAAGUCAGGAGCAGAGCCCCCCCACCCUGCAGGCAGAGGCCCCCGUCCCUGCAGGCAGAGCCCCCCGACCCUGCAGGCAGAGCCAGAGCUCAGACACGCGAGCAGGGCAGGAGGAGGUGGCGCUCGCGGCUGGCGGGGGGUCACGUGGAGGCUGGUGGGCAGGUGCUGAGGGGAGGGCUGACGCCUGCUGCUAACGAGGCUUAGCCCAGGUGAUGGGCCUCGUCCCACCGGGGACCCCGAUCCUGUGCUGCUCCCUGGAGCUCAGGCCUCGCAGGGCUGGCGGGAGUGCAUCCGGGUGACGGGCAGGUGCCUGACCCUCAGUCCCGCAGGUCGGCCCUGCCGGGGAACUCGGUGCAGACGGGUCUGGGGCCUCGCUGCUCGCAGCCCACUGCCCGGGAGGGGUGAGUCUCUGCCCAGCUCCCGCCGCACGCUUCCCGGGGCGGGCGUUCUGGGUCGGGAGCUCGGAGGAGAGGCGGCGGGCGUCUCCCACGUGCGGAAGGAGCCGCGCCGUUCCCGGAUGUGGGGCAGAGCCGCUCGGGCUCCACGCCAGGGCGAGGAACCGCGGCCUAUGUCGCUUGAAGGAGGAGCCCGUCUCCCUGGGCUCUAACACACCUGCCCGGAGGCCCGCGGGCGAGGGCAGCAGCCCCUGGAGGCGGAUCAGAGCAGGGUUCACGCUUACUUUGCGGGUUGCAGCGCCUCAGAAGUGAGGGCUGCCGCAGGCCUUGCCGCAGGGAACAGCCGCUCCGGAGCCGCCUGACGCGGGCCGAGCCCUGUGUCUCCGUCCGUCCCCGCCACCAGCGCGGGACGCAGCACAGGCCCCGAGUUCCCGCAGCUCUGGGGCUGCAGACCAGGAGCAGGGGCCGGCAGGUCGGGUUCUGGGGGGCCCCUUCCUGGUGCAGAGGGAGAGCCAGCCCUGGGGUCUGCGGCACCGACCCCUCGUGGGCCCCUCCUGACGCCGCCCCACUGCGGCCGCCCGGUCCACGGCACACUGACAGCGGAAGCUCUAGAGCUUUCCCUUGGAAAAUGAAGCCAGGCUCCUCGUGUUGGUGCAGAACACCGGCCUCCCACAUCCAGGAGCGGUGGAGAGCCCUCCGCUGACCAAGGGGGCUCCCCUGGCUGUCGAGGCUGCCGGGCAGCUCAGCACCGGGACUGAAUCGCACAGCCCUAAUCCUGCUGACGAAGAUGGGAAAUCUGACUCCACAGAUGUUUGAGCGUGGGCGCGCGCGCACCCCAGCCCCGGACAAGGGUGCUGCAAGCUCCCAGCGUGCAUCCUCCCCGUGUGUGCUUGGGGGCCCUGGGGCGGGAGGGGCCCUUCUGGAGGCAGGGGAGGAGCCUGGGGGACCGGGGCUGCUUGUUGGCGUAGCCACGCCCUGCUGCAUUGGGAGAACCUUAGGCAGCUUCCCAGGGAGCAGGUGCUGCUUCUCUGAGUUCCCAGGUGUUCUCAGGUUUCUGCCUUAGGAAGUCGUUAUUUUUCAAAGCACCCUCUGAAAUGCGGUAGCGGCCAGGGUCCUGAUGGGAGGAGGGCACCCAGGUCGGUGGGUCUGGGGCUGGCUCGUCCUGCAGCUCAGCACCCUGGGCCUGUGUGCACAGCGACCUGUUGUGGAAUGAGGUCUGCUUUUCCAAGGAAAGAAGCCCUCCGCUCAGACCCCCUCCUUUGCCUUCGUCUUGUUAUUGUAUUUUAAUGCCUUUUAUUUUCCAGGUUUAAGAUGCUUGUGUUUGUUUUGCACAAACUCUUCCAAGAAAUCCCCAGUUCUAAAGCCCGAAGGGGAUCUCAUCUGAGUGAUACAGGAGCGCAGCAAAGGAUACAAUGAAAUCAAUGCAAUUUGCUUUUGCACCCAUGUUUUCGGGCCCGCCCCAUCGUUAAUUAACCCUGAUGGCUGUCUGGUGAGGCAGGACGUGGGGUGCCCCGACGUUAUCGAUGGCCCCUGCGGGGCACGGAGGGGGCACACAAGGACACGCUGGCAGAGCCACACUCCCUGGGGGCUGUAGAGGGUGUAAGGCAGA